UCUCCAUCAAGAUCAUCACCAACCGUCUAAGCGCCUGCUGCGAAGCCAACAACACCCUCCCGGAGAAACAGUGCGGAUUUCGACCCGCGCGAUCCACCGUCGACAUGCUGUUCGUCGAGCGCCGUCUCCAGGAGCUGGGGCGGAGAAAGAAAUUACCGCUCUGAUCGACAUGUGCUUCGUCGACUUGAACAAGGCGUAUGAUUCGGUGGACCGAGAAAUGCUAUGGAAGGUGCUGGCCAGGGCCGGGAUUCCGGCGAUGCUGAUCGAAGUCAUCCGCCAAUUCCACGAUAAAAUGCUUGCCCGGGUGCGCAUGGACGACGGAGGACCAUCGAACAGGUUCUUCGUGACGCAGGGCGUGCGACAAGGAUGUGUGCUAUCCCCUCUGCUGUUCAACAUCUUCUUCGCCGAGGUCCUCGAGGUCGUUGUCAUCCGAUUCAGCGAGGAUGAUGUUGUCCUGCGGAGCCUGAUGUGCUUGGAGGAGGGGAAGACGGAAGCGGGGGGGGGGGGGGAGACACCCCUUG